AUGAGAGAAGUAAAAAUAUAUGGAUUUUGUGAUUUCGUUGUAAACUCUGUUUAUACGGAUCCUACCAGGCAUCAUUUCAAUCUUGAUUUAAAUUUCAAGCGUCUUUAUUUGAAUGGUACAUAUGACUUUGAUUUACGAGUACUGACACAAAUUACUUACGAGGGAUUAAGUCAAAUUAUUAUAGAUAAUGUAGAUGUAAAAGUAGAAUUAGACUUGAAACCGAUAACUAAGAAUGGCAACAGAUACAUAUAUGCAUCGAAAAUAAGCAUGAAUAUCGACAUCAAGGACUUUACAUACAAGAUUGUAGAUGAGGACAAAAAGGAACUAGCUGAUUUUUAUAAAAUAAUAGGAGAUAUCAUAGAUACUAAUAAAGAAAAUAUUGUGAAGCAAGUUGAACCGCCCAUAGAAAAAGAGAUCUCCAAAAAUGUUAUUUCAGUUUUGAACGAUGUAUUUCGACGUAUCAGUUAUGAAGAAUUAUUUCCCGAAAAAACAAGAAUUGUCUAG